UUUCUUUCUCCUGUAGAUGAUAAACUAGUUUGCCGUACUGCAGUCAAACUUCUGACUUGCAAAGCUAGCUGAAUGGUCAAGUGAAAGUUGUUUGAGGAUUGUUGCAAACCAAGGACUCAUUUUAUGAUACUGAAAUGGUGGUACACCAGUCACCAGACCCGCUCGGUGUCCAGCAGACCUCACUACCCGUUGCCCAACAGCAGCCAGGAGAGACGCUCUGUCCUUGCCAUUGCAGAGCCCCCCCGUUUCCACUCCCAAGCCAAGGGCAAGAAUGUCCAUCUGGAUGCCCACUCCCGCAAGGCCACCCGGAGGAACAGCUUCUGCAACGGCGUCACUUUCACCCACCGACCCAUCCACCUUUAUGAGAAGGUGCGGCUCAAGUUGGUGUCCGUGCACCAUGGGUGGAGCGGAGCACUGCGCUUUGGUUUCACCACCCAUGACCCAUCGCACAUGAGCUCUGAUGACAUACCAAAGUAUGCCUGCCCUGACUUGGUGACUCGUCCUGGCUACUGGGCUAAAGCUUUGCCAGAGAGGUUCGCGCUGAGGGACAAUAUUCUGGCUUUCUGGGUCGACCGCCAUGGGAGAGUCUUCUAUAGUAUUAACGAUGAGGAGCCAGUAUUGUUUCACUGCGGCGUUAAGGUCCCUGGGCCUCUCUGGGCACUGAUAGAUGUCUAUGGAAUUACUCAUGAAGUGCAAAUACUAGAUAGCAUGUUUGCAGAGACCAUGACCUCCACCCACUUCAGUAGUGCACGACUGAGCUCUUGCCUUCCUCAAAGCAGUCAUGAUUCCGCCAACUUCAAUAACAAUGAACUGGAGAACAAUCAGGUGGUGGCCAAAAUUGCUAACCUAAAUUUGAGUCGGGUGCCGGGACUGUCGGUGGAUAACCACAUAAUCCCCUGUUGCCCAAACAGACGGCAGCGUACCCCGGGUGUGCCUGCCUUCCUGGAUACAGAUCUGCAUUUCCACCUCACCCGCGGGCCUGAUAUUACCUUUUCUCAAGACCGCAUGGUGGCAUGUACCAAUUGGCAAGAAAGCAAUAGAACUUUGAUGUUUUCUGACCGACCUUUGCACAUUGGAGAAAGCCUCUUUGUGGAAAUAGGACACCUAGGGCUGCCGUAUCAUGGGGCCCUUUCAUUUGGCAUCACUUCUUGUGAUCCAGGUACUUUACGGACAAAUGAGCUCCCAGCGGAUCCAGACUAUCUCUUGGACCGCAAGGAAUACUGGGUGGUUUACCGAGCAUUCCCAGCCCUCAGCAAUGGUGAUAUCCUCACCUUUGUAGUCUUGCCAAGCGGAGAAGUGCACCAUGGAAUGAAUGGAGUCAGCCGAGGGAUGCUUAUGUGCGUGGACACCUCUCAGUCUCUCUGGGUAUUUUUCACAAUCCAUGGUGUAAUCAACCAGCUCAAAAUAUUAGGCACUGUCCAAUCCAGUCCUGGAACAGUCUCUCCCUCAGGAUCCCCUGGCGGCUCACAGUAUGACAGUGACUCAGAUAUGGCCUUCAGUGUGAACAGGUCCUCGUCAGCUUCGGAGUCAUCACUAGUGACUGCUCCGAGUUCCCCACUGAGUCCCCCCGUCUCUCCCGUCUUCCCUCCUCCAGAGCCCUUGUGCAGCAAGAAUGGGGAGUGCACUGUCUGCUUUGACAGUGAAGUGGACACUGUGAUCUACACCUGCGGACACAUGUGCCUGUGCAACACCUGUGGUCUUAGGCUGAAGAAGCAACUCAAUGCGUGCUGCCCCAUCUGCCGACGAGUCAUCAAGGAUGUUAUUAAAAUAUACCGCCCUUGACCCCGCCCUCCCUCUGGGCAUGGGAGGAAAGAACUCUGCUAGCAGUAACCCUGCCUUUCCGUCCCUGCUUUUGGGUUACCAUGCUGGUUGGUAGUUACCAAGUGGCUCGUUGUCUGUGUUUUCAUAUUUGACUGGUAGAAUAAAUCAGGGAUAAAACUGAACUGAGGAGCUCUCUGGUCUGAAUGGGGCCUGACCCUGACGCUUCCAAGUAGGCGGGGCUUCAAAAAGAUGCUGCCCUAUGAACCAGCCAGCAAAUCGCUGUUGUGGGCCCAUUCACACUGCAAAAGAGAAAUGUAUUGC